AAGGGGAAGAAAUUAGACAAGUCCAUUGGUGUUUUUAAGCUUCUCUUCCCCACCCUUAAGAGCGGUUCGCUCUCAGUCAUUUCGUUUCAUCUCGAUCCUCACCUCCUCUUCGCGACGCGAGGAAAAGAAGAAGUGAAAUCCCAAAUCUACGCACAUAGUCGAAGUUCCCCGGAGGUUCAUUUUUGUCUGGGCGAUUGAUUGGGUCGUCCGUCCAAUGGUUGAAUCGGAAGCUUCGGAAUCACUUCUCUGAAGUUCGCCUCCUCUCCCUCUCUCUGUGCGCGCGCGUGUGGGUGGGUUCCGAGUGGUUACGGGAAGCGGAGCUUGUUGGUUAUGGUGGGUCGGAGUGGAUCUCCGAUGCGGAAGUGAUUUUCGGCGUCGCUUCGGUCCGGGCUUCGAUUCUGUUGACCGUCGGUUCCGGCGAUUCCAGGCCUGUGUGUGUGUCGGGGAAAUGAACGGUGGCGAUGAGGUCGUGGCGGGCCCACCGCAGCCUCUCGAGUGGAAAUUCUCUCAGGUCUUCGGCGAGCGCACCGCCGGCGAGGAAAUCCAAGAAGUUGAUAUAAUAUCAGCAAUCGAGUUUGAUAAAACUGGUGAUCAUCUCGCCACGGGUGACCGGGGUGGUCGGGUUGUUCUUUUUGAAAGGACUGACACAAAAGAUGUUGGUGGAUCCAGAAGGGAUCUGGAAAGAAUCGACCAUGCUGUUAGUAGACAUCCCGAGUUUCGCUACAAGACAGAGUUUCAGAGCCAUGAGCCUGAGUUUGACUAUCUGAAGAGCUUGGAGAUAGAGGAGAAAAUAAAUAAAAUCAGAUGGUGCCAAACAGCCAAUAGUGCUCUAUUUCUCCUAUCUACCAAUGAUAAAACUAUUAAGUUCUGGAAGGUCCAGGAGAAGAAGAUCAAAAAAAUUUCUGAAAUGAAUGUGGACCCUUCUAAAGCUGUAACCAAUGGUACUAUUGCGAGCUCCAGCAGUUCAAACAGCCACAGAACAUGUCUGGCAAAUGGGGGAUCCCCAGAGAGAUCACCCAAUUCUCUUAGCAUUGAUUUCUCAUUUCCUCCAGGAGGCAUCCCUUCACUACACUUACCUGUGGUAGUGAACAGCCAUGAGACUAGUCUGGUUGCCAGAUGUCGAAGGGUGUAUGCUCAUGCUCAUGAUUAUCAUAUCAAUUCCAUUUCAAAUAACAGUGACGGUGAAACGUUCAUCUCUGCUGAUGAUCUGCGUGUAAACUUAUGGAACUUAGAAAUUAGCAAUCAAAGUUUCAACAUCAUUGAUGUAAAGCCAGCAAAUAUGGAGGACUUAACUGAGGUGAUAACAUCAGCUGAAUUCCACCCUACACAUUGCAAUCUGUUGGCUUAUAGCAGUUCAAAGGGCUGCAUCCGCCUCAUUGAUUUGCGACAAUCAGCUCUGUUGGAUUCUCAUGCCAAAAUAUAUGAGGAGCCGGAACAACCAGGAUCUAAAUCAUUUUUCACAGAGAUUAUUGCUUCAAUUUCAGAUAUUAAGUUUGGAAGGGAUGGGAGAUAUAUACUUAGUCGUGAUUAUAUGACUCUAAAGUUAUGGGAUAUCAACAUGGAUUCAGGUCCGGUGGCAACCUUCCAGGUCCAUGAAUAUUUGAGACCCAAGUUGUGUGAUUUGUACGAAAAUGAUUCAAUAUUUGAUAAAUUUGAGUGUUGUCUAAGCGGUGAUGGGUUACGAGUGGCAACAGGUUCAUACAGUAAUCUCUUCCGGGUCUUUGGUUGUGUGCCGGGGAGUACUGAGGCAACAACUUUGGAAGCCAGCAAAAAUCCAAUGAGAAAACAAGUUCAGACUCCUUCACGGCCUUCAAGAUCCCUCAGCAGUAUCACACGAGUAGUCCGACGAGGAGCGGAAGCCCCCGCAGUUGAUGCCAACGGAAAUUCAUUCGAUUCCACAAUGAAGUUGUUGCACCUUGCAUGGCACCCGUCUGAAAACUCGAUUGCCUGUGCUGCUGCAAAUAGUUUGUACAUGUAUUACGCAUAAUGAUGGGACAGCGACAGAUAAUCUUGAUGGUAUUGGCUCGGGUUGCUCUUGGAGAAGAAGGCUGCGUUGCCGAUGUGCUAUUCUGGGGACCGAAUUGCAUCUCGCCUCCCAAGUGCCAGUUAGAUUUGUAGCAUGUGGUUUCAAAAAAGUUAAAAGCUGUAUCACAGGGUCUUUGCCCCGGAAAUCAGUGAGAGGAAGCAACUCAUUUUUGCUCCUGCUGUGGCAGUUUGCUUCGCAUGUUUCUCCACCCACUGCUCUUUAACCCUCUCUGGAAUUUCCUUUUUCUUUUCUUUCCCCAAUUAUUUGUUCUUUCUUUUUGGGCACCUUUCUCUUAAAGGGAGGGUGCCGUGUUCUGUUCUAAAUUUGUUUCUGGGUUGGAGUCGGAAAAGGGAUGUGAUUGUAGCUCUCCUACAACCGAAAAAAAAGAAGAAAGAAAGAUAGAAAAAGAACUGAAGAAUGUUCUAUAACUUCCACUAGGUUUAAGAUUAUAAUUGUAGCUUUAUUCAAAUUCUGGUGGGGGAAGGAGCUGUUUGAUACAGUCGCUGCAUCGAUUUUUUAAUUGAUUCUUUUUGUCUUGGCUAAAGAUUUCAUAAAAGGGUGGUUCUUGACA